GGACAGAUAAUGAAUCAGUGUUGCAAAUGAGAGGGAUUUACAAAAUGCGGAAGUAAACAGUACUGUUGUGUUAAAAUUACAAUGGAAUUAAAUACAUGGAAUAAAUCUCGUCAAAAAUAUGGAGUUGCUGUGGUAAACUACAAUCCCAACAGAACAGAAUGUUUAUCUUUAUCAGUGGGUGAUGUUGUACAUAUUAUUGAGGAGUAUGGAUCUGGAAAGACAGGAUGGUUUAGAGGUCAUUUACUUUCAAACAGAAACCAGUCGGGAAUAUUUCCAAAGAUGUAUAUACAUACCAAAGACUGUGAUGUAGAAAAUCCAGGACAAUUCGAGACAGUGAAACCAAAGGAAGAUUCAAUGGCCAUGGAGUUGACAUUCACGCUCCGAGAAUGGUGGGUGGCAUGGAAAAAUUUAUUUCUUAGACAGGGACCAACUUUAGUACUUACUCAAAUUUACCAUACAAUGAACGAAUUAAUUCUUUUACGAGGAAAACUAAUGAGUAAUAUGUUAACAGAGGAUAGCAUGGUAGAACUGAAAGAAGAAAUAGCUGAUAUUGUAGAUUGGGGAAAUGGGCAAUUGGGAAUGGACUUAAUACCCAGAGUUGAUGGUGAACAGGUGGAUGUUGAUAAAUGUAGUAUUGUCAGGUUAUACAGGGUUCACUUACAAAGUGCAGAAAAUGCCAAAUCUUCACAGCCAAAAUACUCCAAGAAAAGACACAAAUCAGUCUCUGUCAAUACUCCAAAAGAUACGGAUAUUGUUUUUAAUGUUUUGGUUAAUUUGAAAGUAUCUCAGUGUAAUGUUGGUGAUGAAUCUCAGAUAGUGAUGAGUGUAUAUGACAAUAGAGAUCAGAAAUUUGUCAGUGAACAGUUUAUAAUAAGAAUGAACAAAAAUGGUGCUCCACUGAAACCAGAAAAACUGGAUAAUUGUUUUGGUCUCUUUACUGAAUUACCACUUGAUGAAUAUCAGAAGUAUUUGUAUAUAGUUGUUAGAAUUUACAGAAUCGGUCGUAUGUUUUCUGACAGUUCAAAGAAGUCUCCAACACGUCCAUACAGAAGACCCUUUGGUGUAGGAGUAUUAAGUAUAGAGGAUGUCAAGAAUGGGAUGAACGAUGAUUCCUGCUUUUGCACAAUAAAUAUCACAAGUUGUAUAGAAAAUGAGGGAACUUUUCCAGAAUUACAUAAAGAUCUGAUUAAAAAAUUGAGCAAUCCAGGUGUUUCUUCAGGUGUUGGUAGUAGUAUAAGUAGUAGUUCAAAAUUAGGUAGCAGUUCAGCACUAAGUAAAACAGGAGCUAACGUGGGAAUGUCCUUGACCUUUGAUGUGUCUGUUUAUGAUGGUGACCUACAGGCAGUAAAAACAGAUUACCCGGUGUUGUUUACAAAAGAUAUCACAAUUAUACCUAAGCUCAGCCAGUUUGAUGUCAUCAAUCCAGGUGAAGUUAGAAAUGACAUCUAUUUGACAUUGUCAGAAGCUCAGUUUGAAAGAGGAAAUAAAAAAUCUCAAAAGAAUGUUGAAGUUGUUGUAACAGUUUUUAAUUCUAAAGGAAAAGUAGUUGAGAAUUGUAUACACCAUGGUUGCGGAGAUGAUCCACUAGUUCAUUUUCCAUCCUGUGUAUUUUACCAUGACAACCAGCCAAAAUGGCAAGAAACAAUUAAGAUCUCAUUACCAAUGGAUGAACUUCCUGGAUCUCACAUUAGAUUUGAUGUUUACCAUUGUCAAGCAAGACACAGAGCAGAAAAGAAACUUUAUGGUUUUGGUUUUAUGAGAGUUACUAAUGAUUUACAAAUUGUUAUCAAAGAUGGAUCUCAUAAUCUUUGUAUAUUUAAGUGUGAAGAUGAAAAGAAGAUAAAAUUUGAGAAAUAUUCCAAAAUACCAUUUCUGGCAGAAGAUUAUGGUGAGACCACUAAACAGUCAUCUGCACAGUCGCCAACAUCAUUGCCCUAUGACAGACAUUAUCGAGAACAUAUAGGAAUUAGAACUCUUUUAUGUUCUACAAAGUUUACACAGACAUCUGAGCUCCUUGGAGUCUUAAACUGGAGGGAAGAAAAAAGUCAUAUAGAUAAAAAUCUGAAUGAACUAAUGAGUGUACAAGGCACUGAAGUGAUGAAGUUUUUACAGAACAUUAUGGACCGUCUUUUAGAGAUGUUGGAUGAUGGAUGUACAAAUAAAGCUCCAUAUUGUUCCAAAGUGUUUCAAGUUAUUGUAUUUAUAUUGAAUUUAUUAUUGGACACAAGAUUUGAGAAUUUUAGACCAGUUUAUGAGGACUACUUAGAAAAGACCUUUUCUUUUCCUAAUGUUUACAAACAUUUAAUGAACCAGUUUGCUUUUGGUAUAGAACAAUUCUGUGAAGGGAAAGCAUUCACCUUGUCUAUGGCCAUGAAGGUACUUGGAGAACUUAUGAGACUUAUAACAAGAUCAAGACAGUUAGAAAAGGAAAGCCCUUUUAAUGACAGAGAAAAAGAAAGAGAAUUUAGAUUAAAACUUCAGCACCUGUUUGAAAAAAUGGGACGACUGCUAUCACAACAGGAUGAAAAGCUUAAAAUUUCUCAGAUGGAACUUUUAUCAAAUCUGCACAAAUGCUAUGAACCCCUGAUGGAGUUAAUAACCAAAAGAGAAUUAGCAGACCAAGUCAGAGACGUGAUCACACAUUUACCUAAAGCCAAAGAUUUACCUGUUGAAAUUAGAAGGACCAAGAUGGAAUUUAUACAGAAAACUGUCAACUCUGAUCUGUUUAGAGAUGAUGAAUCUCGGAGUACUUUAUUAUCCUUAUGUUUGAACCAUAUAAAAGCAUGUCUGAUAGAGCGAUAUUUCCUCGACAUACAGAUAGCUACUUCAAUUCUUGGAGAUAUUCUGGAGAUUUUUUUUAACCUGAAAGAGACAAAAAGAGUAUGUCCACCACAUCUAAUGGUGAAGAGUAUAUCCCAGGAUAUCAAUACAUUGGCUCUAUCCCUCUUUGAAGUUCUUAUACAGAGUAUAUCAAGGAUGGCUGAUGGAGAAUUUAUAUCAAAUCCACAAAGUUAUCCUCAAGUAAUGCUUAGAAAGCCAACUAUGUCAGAAAAUAGUAGUCCAUGUUCUACCUUGGAUAGAAAAAGUAGACGAAGUCGAACUCUGUUUCAAGGAGUUAGUCGACCUUCUUCUGAAGUUAUUACAACCAAAGAUGAUACACCUAAAUUUCUUCCAGAAGAAGAUAAAAGUAAGACAUUGCCAGCAAAAUCACCACGACGUUUAACCAUACAACUGUUGCCAUCACAGCUUCAAAGUCUACCAUUUAAUGAUGAUCCACAAGCAUACUGUGGUGAGAUGGUAGCUUGUUUGACAGAACUUUUACGUCUGAUGGAAGAAACUCAUUAUACAGCUGUGAUACAGAUUCAUCCCAAAGGACCACCUUUAAAAGAUUUCCUUACUCAGGUUUUACAUACAUUCCAAGAAUUAAUCAAACCAGAAAUGUUAUCAGCAGAUUGGACCAUAAUGAGAAUGGAGACCAAUAAUGUGAUAUUUUCUGCUGUUGAAUAUUUCUCCCAAGCUUUAAAGAACCAUUUCCUGGAAGGAGAGUACUUUGACCAACAUUUAUGGAACCUAUACUUUAGACUUGCAGUGAACUUUAUAGUACAACCCAGUCUUCAGUUAGAGGAAUAUUCAGAAAGUAAAAGGAAUAAGUUUAUUGAAAGGUAUCAUGAUAUGAGAAUAAUGAUGGGACAUCAGAUACAGACAUUGUGGGAAAAAUUAGGGACCAAUAGAAGACAUUUCAUUCCAUCCAUGAUUGGACCAUUCCUCAAAGUGACUUUGGUUCCAGAAAAAGAACUCAGGGCAGCAACUCUUCCAAUAUUUUAUGAUAUGAUACAAUGUGAACAGAAAACAAGUGGAAAUUUUGUUAUGGUUGAAAAAGAGAUUAUAGAGAAGUUGGAUCAGUUCAUCACAAUGGACAACCAAGGAGAUGAUGAAUAUAAACAAUUAUUCUAUUCCAUACUUUUGGAGCGUGUCCAGUCAGAGCCAGCUUUGAAGGAUACUGGUUCCCAGUUUAUUGUAUCUGUUACAAAUCUGCUGGAAAAGUUACUUGAUUAUCGACAAAAUUAUGAUGGAGAAGAGAACAGAGACAAGCGCAUGCAGUGUACAUUCAAUAUACUUAAUUUCUAUCGGGACAAUAAAGAUAAGAGACGAGAAAUGUACACACAAUAUAUCAAGAAAUUGUAUGACCUUCAUUGUUCAUCCAGAAAUUAUGUAGAAGCAGGACUUACACUUCAAUUAUAUGUACAGUUAUUGGAAUGGAAAAGUGAUGAAAUCCACAGUGAAAUGGGAUUUCAUCCAGAACCACAGUGUGAAAGGAAAGAAAAAUUACUCAAGGAAAUUAUUGAAUGUUUUGAUAAAGGAAAGUUAUGGGAGUAUGGUAUACCAGUUUGUAAAGAUUUAGCGAGUUACUAUGAAAGUAGGUUGAUGUACAGAAAACUGAGUGAGAUUUUACAAAGAGAAGCAUCAUUUUUCACCAAGAUUUUAGAUGGGGUACAAGUAAAUGAAACUGGAACUUCUAGCCAGGAACAACCAAAGUUUUAUCCAAGACAACAAUCUUCAUACUUUAGAGUGGCAUAUUAUGGCAUGUCUUUUCCUCCAUUUGUACAGAAUAAAGCAUUUAUCUAUAGAGGGGAUGAAUGUCUGAAACUUCAGGACAUAAUAAAUCAGUUGACACAAGAGUUCCCGUCAGCAGAAAUACUAAAGACCAACAAUCCUGUGGAAGAAAGUAAAAAAUAUGGAGAAGCACAAUACAUACAAAUAAGUGGUGUGAAACCUGUACCUGAUCCAAAGAAUGCUUACUCCUCUGACCAGAAAGUACCAAGAGAAGUGGAAAAAUUUUAUGAAAGUAAUGAUGUGGACACAUUUCAGAUGGACAGAUCAUAUCAUCAAGGAAAAAAAGAUAGAGAUAAUGAGUUCAAAACAUUGUGUACAGAAAGAACUGUAAUGAAAACAAACCAUAAAUUUCCUGGUAUAUUACAAUGGUAUGAAGUCAUACAGAGUGAUACAAAAAUAUUUAGUCCUGUUGCCACGGCUAUCAAUGCUGUAAACAGUGCCUGUCAUGAGUUACAAGUCAGCAUUGAAACUUGUCGUAGAAGUUGUAGUGACAACAACAUGAAAGAUUUAUCCAGACAACUUAAUGGCAUGAUAACAGCUCAAGUCCAGGGAGGCAUACCAAAAUAUCAGGAGGCAUUUUUCUCUGAAGAAGUUACAAGGUUACAUCCAUCAGAAAAUGAAAAUGUUCAAAUUUUGAAAGAUCAGAUAAACUUACAGAUUAACUUGUUGGAUCAAGGACUUGCUAUAAUGAAGAAAGAUAACAGUGAACACUUGGUCAUGUUAGUCCAAAGUUUGGAUGAAGAACUACGGAAAUUGAUGAAGAAAAUUGGUUAUAGAAAAGAAAAGAGAGCUGCUGUACAUAGUGACUUAAAGAAGUGGGACUCUGGGAUGGGAAGUUUUAUAGAUCCAAGGCCAGGAACACCAAAUUCUCAACAUUCAAGUGGAAGCAACAGAUCAUCAGUUAUAUCAUCAGAUUCUAGAUCAAAUGACCGAGAUGAUCUGAUAGAUCUCACUUCUACGGCCGAAAGUCCACAGAGUAAACCAUCAAAUAUUGAGUCACCUAAACCAAAGGUUCCAGCCAAGGGUGGUAUGUCAGUAGAUACUUCUGCUAUAAAACACUUGAGGACAAAAUCUGUAGCAUAUACCAGGAAACCUCCUAUUCCAGAAAGGAAAAGAUCAGAUCCUUUUCCAGCAAGUGUGCCACGACCCUUUCCAGGUCCAGACGGAUCAAGCAUCAUUGAGGAAGAUACAGUACCUAAUUUACCUGUAAAACAUAGUACAUCUAAGGUGAGAAUGUUAACAACGAGACAGACAGUUAACUUUCAUAAAGCUGAGAGUUCCAAAAUAAACAAGACUGUUUCUCAGUCUUAUGAAAACAUAUUGUUGAACUUAGAGAAAACAGAUGAUGGAUUUUCUAAAUCAAAUUCCCCAGUCCCACCUCUUCCUCCAAGAAGAUCAGUGCUAAUACGUAAUACUGUGUUGGAUAUAGAUUAUACUUCACAAUCUAGACAUUCUAACAGUUCAGGAGAAAUAGAAUUCUCUCCUGGAACAAGUCCAAGAUCUGGACCUCCUCCUAUUCCGUCUCCUUCCUCUAUCAGAAUGCCAGCAAUACCAAGUGGAAGAAUUCCAUCAGACAGUGAGCCUGCAAAUAGAAACUAUAACAAUUGCAAUCCUUGUGGACCAUCAAUUACAAAUCAAACAAAUGUUGUAAAUGGUAACAAACAAUCAGUGCCAGUAUCACGGACUAGUACCAUUAGUGAUAGUGGGUCACAUGAUAGCGUGUUUUUAGGGAACGAGUCUGCUCCACCUAUCCCGAAACGACCAACCAGACAGUCAAACUCAUCCCAAUCAUCUGAUGCAUCAUCCAGUACAACACAUACAAACCAAGAAUAUGAAUCAUCCAGUCUUUAAUUUUUUUAAUGUACUAAUUGAAGGUUCAUUUUGUGAUAUUCAUGUAGUUUAUAUUUAUGAUUGCCACAUAUUUUAACUAUAGGUUAAUAAGUUUAUAAUCUAUAUUGGCAUGUUCUUUGAGGUUUAACUUUAUCCUAGAAUGAAAAUAGUUGGUUCAUCCAUUUAAACCUAUAUGGACAUAAUUUUAUUUAUCAACCUAACUUACUAUGUUAACUUUAACCCAAUCUAAUCUGGAUGAACUAUUGUGUGAACCUUUAUCAUAUGUCGUCUGUUGUUUCCUAUUUGUUGUAUGUGAUUGUAAAGGUUGGUCAGUAAUUGGAAAUUAACUUUCAUUUUCUUCAUUUUUAUACCAAAUAAAAUGUUUUAAUGAAACGAAUGGGCAAGUUGGUGCUAAGCAUAUUUUUCUAAAUUACAUUUAACUAUUAAUAAAUUGGAAUCAGCUUUAAUUUUGAUUUUAGAAUUAAAAAACUACAGGAAUCUUCCAUUUAGUACUAGGUGCUUAUGUAUAAAAUUUGUAUACCUAUUGUCAAAUUUAAUGUAUGCAAAUUAUUAAUCUCAUCCAGAAUCUCCUAUUUGAUGUAAGAUUAUGUAUGUUUGUUGUCAUGAAGAUCUUUGGCAUUUAGUUCAUACAAUUAUCAAGUUUUAUGAAAUAUUGUUCAGGUCACAUUCUGCACUAUAACUGUAAGGAUCGUGACAAUUAACAUACAUAUAAUUUUACCUUUUUUAUCGUCACAAUGAAAUUAUAGGCCUGAGAGGUAUUUUAUCAUUAUUAAACAACCAUAAUGUGUGCAAAAUCUGACUUAUUUAAGUUUAAUUUUUCUGAAGCUACAUGAUCUGACACACUCUUAUUUUCACUCAGAAAGAUAGUUCUUUUAAUUAUAAUUAUUAAUAAAAGGAUAUGUCAUUGUUAGUCACUUUUGUGAUGAAAUACAUUUUCCAUAUUAUACAUUUUAGUCUUUAAUUCAAGGAUUUUUCAAUACCGUUUUUCACUAUAGAGUUUAUCAUAUUAAAACUAUUCAAUCUAUUGGUAUGGCAGUGCCAUUUAUAUUUGAUAAAAUAGAAACAUGAUCUUUUUCUAAAAUUUUACAAAAUAAAGGCUAAUCAACCAAUUUUAAGUACCACAGAACAAAACCGCAGUCAUGGAUAUUUUGAAGAUGUCUUUUUAAAUUAGUAUCCAUUUUAUUCUACUCAUACAAAGAUAGACAGAUAGAGGAGGAGGUUUUCCAUAUCAGUUAAUGGUCGGUCAGUCUCAGUCAAAGUUCUGUUUUAAAAUCGUAAAUACUGGUAGAUAAUAUAUAAUCAAUGAAAAUAUCAUUUGUUGAAGAAGAUUGAUUAAAAUAUUUCACCUUGACCUCUUUUGAUGCAGAAGUGACAAGUUAUUCCUUGUUUAAAGUACAGAUCAAAAUAGGACAAAACACCUGUCAAACUCAAAAAGAAAAUGAGUUAAAGGUGACUGAAAUUGUAGGCACAUAUUGGUUAGUAUUGAAAAGCUUCACAAAUUUUAAUGUCUGGUUUGCAUUGCAAUGUGAGCAAGUACAUCGAGAAAUGAUGUAUUGUCAGUAGACUUGCUAUAGGACAUUCACUUGCAUUUUAUUAAUGUUUCCAUUCCUGUUAAUUUAUAGAUUAAGGUCCAGAUCUUAGUCAUUAUUUUUAAACUGCUUCACAUUGACUUUAAAAUUGAAGUGCCUAUUUUGAUUUCUAUGAGAGAAUUAUCUGAGUGGGUGCUUCAUUUCUGUUAGUAUAACAUUCCCGACAUGACUGUUAAUGUUGUUUAUGUAUUUUUUGUGUAUUGUUGAUUUAUAUUAUUAUUGUAUUGAUUUUUUAUGUAUUUAAGAUAUAUUGUUAUUAUAUAGAUUAACAUUUUAGAAGAUACUGCUGAAAAAGGUAAAAAAUCUCAUACAGUUCAUUUAAAGUAAUAGAUUACUGUUGAAAACAGGAAGUAUAUAAGUACAUUAUUUAUAUAAGAAAUAGCAGGGUUAGCUUUAAAAGACAAGAAGUUUAAUUCCUUUUCUGAUUUUAUAUUGAGGUGGUCUAAAAUAUUUUUUCUGAAUUGCAGAUAAUUCUGGCCUUAAAUAUUUUGAUAAAAAUUAUAUUUUGUUUGUUUUUGCACAAAUCAAAUAAACAAGCUAUAUCUUUUUGCAGUCUUAAAUACUGAAAAUAGAAGAAUAAAACUUGGUCAGAGGUGCUGCUUUAGUGAGAAGUUUUAGAUUAACAUAUUUUUAUUUUUUUCUAUUUAUAUAAGUGUGCAUGUUUUUGAAACCAUUCUUAAUAACCAACUUUUGUUAAAAUAAUUGAAAAUGUUAUGAAAGGAGUUGUUCUUAAAAAACCAAUGAUGAGUUGUUGUGAAACUUUGUUGUUGUUUUUAUAUAGACUAUGGUCAGAUUAUCAAACAAUGUCACAAUGAAUCCUUUUUUACUUUUUAUGAAAUAGAAGAUUUGUAUACACAUAUUACAAUGAGCUUUAAAGUAUAUGUGUGAAUAAUCAAAGAAAUCAAUGUCGGUAUAUAAACAUAUUUGAAAUAUACUCAUUUACUUAAUUUUUUACUGGUAGCUAAGAUACAUAAAUGGUUAUUUUUGUGAGAAUUGGCACAGAAUUUUGAAUUAAAUAAUUUUCAGUGCUUUUUUUACAUGAUAAUUAUGUUUUAUAUAUAAGGUUGUUCUGAAGAUUUUGCUUUUGGAAGCAGUUCUCUGAAAAAGAAUGAAAUAUUAACAUUGGAAUUAAUUGAUAACUAAUGAUAAAAUGUGAAGAGGUUUUGAUACUACAGAACUCUUUAGACUCUGUCAAUUCUAGAGGAAAAGUAUGAUAGAAAAAGAUUAAAAUUUUUUAAAUAUUUAAUUGGAAUGUAUUUCAGAGUUUAUUGCCAUGCAAAAAAUCAGUAUUUGUUUUUUAUUUGAUAUUUUGUUAACUGGGUAUAAUGCAUGAUAAUUCACUGGAUCUUUUAACUGAUAAAACAAUUACAAUUUAUGCUGAACAUUUAAACAAUAUCUGUCUUGUCUAGUUUAUCACUGAGGCAACACUAUAGUUUCAUUGUUAUAUAAAUGCUUAGAAUGGUUUUACUGUCAAUGCUUUGAGAAUAUUAGAUAUUGAACAAUAAGUAGACAAAAAAAUCAUAUAACUUUACAAGUAAUUAGCUUGGCUGAUUUGAGUGUUUGAGAUAUAUUUUGUACUGAAAUCAAAAGUGGAAAAAUAGUUUAUUAUACAUUAAGAGCCUUGAAAAAUAAUAAUAGUCUUUAAUAUGCUCAGAUUUUUUUUUUAUUUUACCAGUUAAUGAAACAAAACCUACUUUGUAUGUCAAACAUAAUUGCAGCAGAUGAAAUGUAUUUUUAUUCAUCUGCUAUAUAGUUGUAAAAAUAAAUUUGAAUGAACUGAAAUGUAUACGUAAAUUUGAAUAAACUGGAAUAUACAAAUAAAUGUGACUAAAUUGUAAAUAGGUUUUACAUAUGUACAGGUUUAUUUAUUCAGAUAACAAGUAUUUAUGCAUAAUAUAAGAAUGAGAGAGUCAUGAUGUCAUGUCUUAUGGUGGACAAUAAAUUGUUGAAAACUU